AUGCCAUGUUCAUGCUGUUGUUGUACGUGUUGUUAUAAUGAAGAAGACGAAAAUAAAGGUCAAUGGGAUCGUCGAGAUUCCCAAUAUGAUACGCUGCCUGGUCAACUUGUCGUGGCUAGCGAAGAGAGUGAAAAUUGUACUGAUUAUUUAACUCGAUCAUUUCAUAUUAUUAGUAUUAGUCUACCCAGUAUAUUUGUUGAAGCUAUUUUGGUGCUGUUAUCAUUUUUAAUGUUUGUACUUGGUUGUAAAUAUGAUGGUGAAUGUCCUCGUCAACCACUAAUUAUUAUUUAUCAUAUAAUUGGUGGGGGUGUUGGUUUUUUGUUUACACUCUGGCUGUUAGUACGAGCUGUUCGACGACGUCGACAAGAAAGUGGUCUGGACGAUGAUGAUGAUCAUAGUGUAGGCGGUCAUGGUUAUACCGAUGAUUCAACAGGAAAAUUAAAAGACAAUGGUAUUUGGUUUAUGGAACUGGUUGCACUUUUAUUUUUAUGUAGUUGGUUUCUAAUGGGUAAUUAUUGGACAUGGACUAUCUAUAUGCCUGAUGGGGUAAUGAGUUUAGAGAAACCAUUGUCUUGGUGUGAUCGAACAUUAUAUAUGUUUACACUUGUAUCAUUUGCUAUUCUCUAUUUUGUAAUAUUAUUUGGAUUUAUAUUAGUUACAGGUCUAUUGACAUAUGCGAGAUUUUGUGUAACAUCAAUGGUAAAUGAAUAA